AUGCAAAACUCCAAGAAAGGAUUACUUCCUUUUAGGCAUGGAAUUUCUCUAUCUAAUAACCAAAGGCCUAAGACUUCUGAAAGGGAAAAGAUGAUGAGACAAAUUCCCUAUGCUUCAGCAAUGGGAAGUCUCAUGUAUGUCAUGCUAUGUACUAGGCCAGAUAUUUGUUAUUCAGUUGGCAUGGUCAGCCGAUAUCAAUUAAAUCCAGGACUAAAACAUUGGGAGGCUGUAAAGCAUAUUCUCAAGUAUCUAAGGCAAACGAAGGACUAUAUGCUUGUUUACCAUUGUGAGGAUUUGAUACCUAUUGGUUACACAGAUUCUGAUUUUCAGUUAAAUUUUGAUUUCAAAAAGUCAACUUCAGGUUAUGUGUUCACCUUGGGAGGUGGAGCCAUUAGUUGGAGAAGUGUUAAACAAUCUUGUAUUGCUAACUCCACCAUGGAAGAUGAAUAUGUUGCUGCUUCAAGCUAUUUGGCUCAAGAAAUUCCUUUCUGA